AUUAAUUAAAAUAUUUUAAAUUCAAGAUGGCGGUCUUUCGUUUAAUAACAACAAUGAAUCGAAGGCUGUAAAUCGCUGCAUAUUGUGCCGAUGGUCGCGAUUUUCACUAUUAUACGAAUUCGGAUACCACGUCUAUGUACACAUCAAGUUAUUUUUAUCGUGGCGUAAAGAAGAAGAGUUUUUUUGAUGAAUUACCGUACAGCUUGCUGGCGACGAAGAACAUCCCAUUACAGAAAUCUAGCGGCAAUCUAUAUUUAACUGUGGGUAGCGAUAAUAAUUAUGCGUGGUCUACGGGGAAUUUCUGCUUUCGGCCAAAGAACGAGGAUCGGAACAAGUUAGGACAAAACGGCAUCAUGGCACAACUUAUAUACUACGCGUCAGAAUCUCGUCUCAGAGGGAAAAUCCGAAGAAUCGAAAAUGCGCUGGAAGCAGAUCCUGUAGACGUUGACACGCUGGGGUAUUUGGCUAUAACUGGAGACGGUUUAAUAAACAAUGAUAUACGCACAAAAGUUUGGCCAAAACUACUGCUUGUUAAUGUUUAUGAUAUCCCCAAGCCCACUGGUGGGCCAAAGAAAAGAAGACAGCACUCUUUUGAGGAAGAAAAGGUGUUUAGAAAAAACAAAUACUGGAAUCAAGUCCAUUUGGAUGUCAAGCGUUCUCAACGAAGAUUUCCUCCAAAUCUUCGAGUGUCGAGGCGGACAGCUUUGCAGGGUCAAGUGAUAAACGUGAUUAUGCGAGUUUUGUGUAGAAAUCCAGAACUUCAUUAUUAUCAAGGUUAUCAUGAUGUGGCGGUCACUCUCCUGUUGGUUAAUGGGGAGGAACUGGCCACAGCUCUCUUGGAACAGAUAUCUUUACACCAACUGAGAGACUUUAUGGAUCAUAACAUGGAAAGAACGAGCCAGAUGCUUGCCUUGAUUCACGCCAUUAUCGAAGCCGCUGAUGCGACGCUGGAACGUUUUCUUAGAAGAUGUGACGUGGGUCACAUGUUCGCCCUAAGCUGGCUGAUCACGUGGUUUGCACACGUCAUCAACGAUCCUGACACGAUAUUUCGUAUAUUCGACUUCUUUCUUGGAACGCAUCCGUUGAUGCCAAUUUACUUGGGUGCAGCGCUCGUCAUAUCCCAUCGCGAUGAACUGUUAUCAUGCGAGUGUGAGAUGAGUACCGUCCACCAUUUUCUCUGCUCUCUCCCCCGUCACAUUCCACAAAACCUUGAAAGACUCAUCGAAGAGGCGCAUGCGCUCUUCAAGAAAUAUUCUCCACAAAAACUCGAAUCCGCCUCGAAAAGAUACCUCAAAGAAAGUUCUGCAGUAAAAAUUCACGACAAAUUUGUGAAGGAAUUGUCGAACCAACGGCCCGACGUCGUACUGCGCCGUAGGCGUACGGCGUUGAUAUCUGCCAAUCAAACGACUGACAGGUUGCAGCCGGAAGGGAACUCGGGUUCCUCCGGAAUUUUCGUAAAACUUGCCUUUUGGGCCUUGUCCGCCGGUGUUGGGACAAUGGCAUUUUAUGUCGCUACUGCUGCCAAGAAAUGGAUGUGAAUAAAACAUUCAUGGCCAAAUAAUUACAAGCACGAAUCCGGCAUGAAUUUCUCUCUGCCCUCAGAAGACGGUGGAAAUAUGGGCUUUAUCACUGCGUGUCUUCGUUCCGAAAAAUAAAGUUGAUUUGACCAACUAAAGUACGUCCACGUCCAGCGGACGUGCAGUGUAUCUCAAAGGCAAUGGAUCAUUUUCAAUAGUUCUGAAGCUGCUUGGCUUUGCUUUGUGGCUGGAAAAUGCAUGAACUUUAUCCAAAAUGGAUGUAAUUUGGAUUAAUACAACUUUCUCAAUCUCGUUCCCCAAGCCAGCGAUUCGUCUAUCUGGCGAGGAAACAAAGGGUCUGGGAUAAUCCAAACCGGAAGCCAGAAAUCCUGGCUUCCGGUUUGCAACGGUUUAAUUGUAUUUCAAAAUUGAAACGACCAAUCAGAAUCAUUCUGAUUUCGAUUAUCCCAGAGCCUUUGUUUCCUCGCCAGAGAAAUCGCGGGCUCGGGGAACGAGAUUGCAAAUUUAUUAGGGUAUACAAAUUCGUCCUUUGAAAAGUAGUUGUACAUGAUUAUGAGGAAUUAUUUAUAUGAAUAAUUUAAAGUGGUGGUGUGUCUACGUAUUUUUCAUGUUUUUCUGGGUGGAAUUGUAUAAUUAUAUUACUUCCCAAGUGGAAUUAGAUAUCAAAAUGACCAAACAAAAACUUCUUUUCCCGCCAUUUUGCAAUUGACUGCUGCGCGAUGCGUCCACGCGUGGGACACGCUAACUCAAAUGCGACUUACGUCAGAUCUGGACAGUUCUAACAGUCCUGACAUAAUAUUCAAUCCAGGCAAGAUUCGGGGGGCGAAUUACACAAAAAACAAAAUCACAAAUUUGCUUCUGAAGGAUUUUCCUAAUGGCGAAUACACCUAGUAGUAUUUCAAAUUUCAAUUUUCCCACUAACUACCAGAACA